AUGACUGUGACUUUUGUUCCUUUCCUUCCUUCGCCUGACGGAUCUGUUGAUGAGAAUUCAUCAACAGACUUCUUCAAGGCGCAAUCCAUUGCCCAUGCAGCCUCCAACAAUGGCCUAGCUACACCUCCUCGGGAAACCAAGGUUGAGGAAGAUCAUUCUCGUUUGGCUCAACUAUCAGGCCUUGGGAUCUCCCGCCCACAGGCCUUUAAAUCUGUUGUGGCUGUGAUCGGCGUUGGCUACGUGGGCUACCAACUUGUCACGGCUUUUGCCAAAGUCUACCGUGUCGUGGCCUAUGAUGUCGACCAGCGCCGUCUCCAUCAAAUCAAAGAGACGGAGACGAAUGCCAACAUUCACUACACCAGCAACCCUAAUGAUAUUGCAAAGGCAACCCACUUCCUCAUCUCCGUUCCCACACGUCUGCACCACGACAACACCGUCGACACACAACAUCUCGAGAGCGCCAUCUCUCUCGUUGCAGAAUAUGCCAAAGCAGGAUCGACGGUGAUCAUUGAGAGCUCGGUAGCGGUGGGCAUGACCCGCCAGCUCAUCAAGGAUGUCAUGCUCGCCAAAGGCCUCAAGGCCGGCAUGUCUCCAGAGCGAGUCGAUCCCGGUCGCGUCAGCCCUGCCUUCGAAACCAUUCCCAAGAUCAUCUCCGGUCUCGACGACAUCACUCCAGGAUCGCUAGUCAGCAUCCACGAGCUAUACCAAGAAAUCUUCGAACACCUGGUCCAUGUGUCCUCACCGGAGGUGGCCGAAAUGACAAAAUUGUACGAGAACUGCCAGCGUAUGGUCUGCAUCGCGCAUGCAAAUGAGAUGGCCGACGCAUGCCACGCGAUCGGAAUCAACGCUCUCGAGGUCUCGGCCGCUGCCGCGUCCAAGCCGUUCGGGUACCAGCCCUACUCUCCCGGCCUCGGUGUCGGUGGACACUGCAUCCCCGUCAACCCUUACUACCUCCUGAUGAACUCCGAAUUCCCUCUGCUCCAGGCGGCGACGGAGAAGAUGGCUGAACGGCCGGCGAGAAUGGGUGAUCGCGUAAUGAGGAAGUACCUCAGGGAGUGCAAACUUGCCGGAGGACGCGACCUUCGUACUCGGAUUCUGGUGGUGGGUGUGGGUUUCAAGCGUGGACAAUCCGUGCUGAGCAACUCCCCUGCGCUUUCACUGGUGCGCCAUUUGCUUUCGGAGUGGGAGGCCUAUGUUGCCUUUGCGGACCCCUUGGUGUCGGCAGAGGCUGUUUCUUUCGUCCCUAGAUUGGAUGAGAAGACCCAAUGGAACAAGAAGGGAUUGGAAGAGUUCGAUAUUAUCAUGGUCGCAGUGGACCAGGUAGGAUUGGAUUUGGCUGUCCUGGAUGGGCUCGAAGGUGUGAUGGUUGAGAACUUUGUCACGUCCUGUUAA